AUGGACAUCGACAUCGCAGCCUUAUCUGAGCGCUGCAAGGCGCUGAAGGCCGAAGCUAUCUCGCUCCGCGCAGCGGGCGACAAGCAUGGCGCUCUCGCCAAAGUCCGAGAGAUGAAGGCGCUCCAUGCACAACUCGCAGAGGCGGAGGCGGCGAAGGCGGCGGCGACCGAGGCGGCAAAGGCGGCCGAGGCCGAGGCGGCGCGGGCGGCCGAAGAGGCGGCGCGCGCGGCGGAGGAGGAGUCGGCGCGGGUGGCGGCAGAGCAGGCGGCGGCCUCAGAGAAAUCCCGCCUCGAGGAGCAGGCUGCUGCGGAGGCGGCUGCAGCGGAGGCGGCGGCUGCUGAGGCGGCUGCAGCGGAGGCGGCGGCUGCUGAGGCGGCUGCAGCGGAGGCGGCGGCUGCUGAGGCGGCUGCAGCGGAGGCGGCGGCUGCUGAGGCGGCUGCAGCGGAGGCGGCGGCUGCUGAGGCGGCUGCAGCGGAGGCGGCGGCUGCUGAGGCAGCUGCAGCGGAGGCGGAGCGAGUACGCCUGGAGGAGGCCGUCCGAGCCGAGGCCGAGAAGGCGGCGCAGGAGGAGGAGGCGAGAGUGGCUGCUGAGGAGGCGGCGAAGGAGGCGGAGAGGGCGGCGGCGGCAGAGGCUGCUGCUGAGGCAGAGGCAGAGGCUGCUGCAGAGGCAGAGGCGGAGGCUGCCGCGGAGGCGGAGCGAGUACGCCUGGAGGACGAGGCGCGCGAGAAAGCCGAAGCCGAGGCGGCCGCUGCGGCGGAGGCGGAGCGGGUGAGGCAGAAGGAGGAGGAUGCCCGUCUCAGGGCGGAAGAGGAGGAGGCGGCGGAGGCGGAGGCGGAGGCGGAGGCGGAGGCGGCAGAGGCUGCAGCGGUGGCGGAGGAGGAGCGGGACAGUCUCGACUCGCUCGACCACCUCUUCGCUCGACCACCUGACGCUGAGGCUGCUGCGGCGGCGGCGGUUGCGGAAGAGCGCCUGUCCAACGGCUGCAGAGAUGGCCCCGCGCUCCAGGGUGUGGCGGAGGAGGAGCAGGAGCAGCAGGAGCAACAGGAGGCAGAGGAGGAGCAACAGCAGGAGCAGAAGCAAGAGGACGAGGACGAGGACGAGGACGAGGGCGAGGGCGAGGACGAGGCGGUGGCAGCGGCCAUGGCGGCCGAGGCGACGGCGGCGGCGUGGAGGGCGGCGGCGGGCGAGAGGCGCGGCGGUUUUGAGGUUGCCGCGGCGGCCGAGGUGGCAUCUCUCAAGGCGCAGCUGUGCGAGGCAGAAACAGAGCUGGGCCGGUCGCGCGAGGCAGAGGCGGAGGCGCGUGCGCGCGUGGCCGAGGUCGAAGUCGAGCUCUCCGCGGCGGGAGAGCGCGGUGGCGCGGCGGCGGCGGCGCACGCGGCGGAACUGGAAGCGGCGCAGCUCGAGCUUGACUCGAGCUUGCUCGCCGAGCUGCGGGCGGAGGUUGAGGCGCGCGCGGCCGAGUGCCGGAGGCUGGAGGCGGCGCACUUGGCGUCACGGGAGACGGAGGCGCAGAUGGCGCAGGCGCUCCUGCAACGCGAAAGGGAGGCGGCGGAGGCGGUGGAGGCGGCGGCGGAGGCGGAGGCGGCGGCGGCGGCGGAGGCGGCAGCGGCGGCGGCGGAGCGGGCGGCGGCCGCGGCGGAGGCGGAGGCGCAGCGGGCGAGGGUGGCGGAGGUGGAGGCGGAGGCGGCUCGGGCUGCGAAGGAGCGAGGAGACUCGGCGGAGGCGGCGCGCUUGGAGAAGGAGGCGGAGCUGGCGCGGGCCAUUGCGGGCAAGGAGCAGGCCGAGGCCGAGGCGGCGGCGGAGAUGGUCGACCUCAAGUCAAGGCUGGCUGCAAACUUGGCGCUGCUCUCUGAGGCGGCGGUCGACCGGACGGCGGCGGCGGAGGCGGAGGCUGCGGCGGCGAAGGAGCAUUCCCAUGGGCUAGGGGGCAGUAGAUGCGCCACGCUCGAGGCGCGGCUCGCCGAGGCGAACGAACGCUUGGUGGUGGCGGAGGCGGCGGCGGCGGACGAGGCGGCGGCGCGGGCGGCGGCGGAGGGCGCGACGGCGGCGGCGGCCGAGGCGGCGGCGGCGGCGGCGGCGGCGCGGGUGGCGGCGGACGCACAGUUGGCCGGUGUGCGGGAGGCGGCGGAGGAGGAGAGGCGCGCCGCUGUCUCCGCCGCCGACGGCUUGCGUGCGCAGCUCGAGGCUGCCAGUGCGGCAGCCGCGGCCGGUGCCGCGGGGCUGCAGGGGGCGGAGCAGGCGGCAUCGAGGGCGACCGCGGAGGCGGCGGCGGAGAAGGAGCGACGGGCAGUGGCCGACGAGACGGCGCACGCCCUCAAGGAGGAGCGCGAUAAGCUUCGCGACGAGCUGAGCUUGCUGCACGAGCGUGCGGCCAAGCUGCCGCAGCGCUUCGCCGCCGGCCUGCUCCUCGGCAAGCCGAUGCCCGAGGAGGACCCCGCCGACCUUGGCCCGCUAGAGCAGGCGAGAUAUGCGGACUCCUUUCACACACUCCCGUGCCUCCCUUCUACCCGGACACUCCCUGCAGACACAAGAAGACGCUCCGGAGGACACCAGAUUGCGGAUGCCCACCUCAUUGCGGACGCCCACCUCGGCAACAUCGCCGGCCUCGCAUCGAUGGCCGUCGCCAAGCUCAGCCCCUUCGGCUGGUUCGGCGGAGGCGCCGAGGGCGGAGGUGCGGAGGAGGCGGCGGCGGCGGCGGUGCCGGUGGCGGAGACGGUGGCGGAGGCAGUACCGGAGGCGGAGGCGGAGGCGGUGCCGGUGGCGGAGGCGGAGGCGGAGGCGGAGGCGGAGGCUGAGGGGCGCGAAGUGGAGGGCUCGGGGGUCAGGCCUGCGGCGGGGUCGCCAGUUCCCGCGGCGGCGGCGACGCAGCAAGGGGCGAGCGAGGAGGAGAUGGCUCGGGCGCGUGUGCUGCACACGAAGAUGCCCUUCGAGCCGCCCGAAGAGGCUAGGAAGCGGCUCAAGGAGAAGGCGAGGAAGGGGCGGCGCGCUGCAGAGGCGGCGGGCGAGCCGGAGGUGGCGCCAUCGCCGGCGCCGCCGCUGGUGUUCAAGACGCUCAGGGAGAAGAAGUCGGCUCAGGCGUCGGCGGAGGGCUGGGCGGCGGAGGUGGCGAGGGCCGAGGAGCUCUACGAGGAGCUGCGCGAGCGCGCGCCCCAGCACUGCCGCCGUGGCGGCAAGUGGGCGCGCGAGAAGUUCGUGAUGGCGGUGCAGGGAGAGUUCCCACGCGCGCGAGGGGCAGGCGUUCCCAAGGGGACGGUCCUGUGCCUCGGCAGGGUGCUCGACGCGCACGAUGAGCAGGAUGACGCGGAGGGUGGGCACCGGGACUGGGAGGAGGACCCGCUCGGGUUCGACACCAACCCGAUGCUGCUCCGCGCCAUGUGCAUCAGUGCAUGGCGUUCGAGUGUGAACGCAGUGCAGGCAGCCCGUGCCUUUUGGUGUACCGCGUUUGUACCGCGUCCUGUGCCCCCGAGUUCAUUUUGA